CUCAAGCCUGUUGCCACUCGCCAUAUACGCUGGGAACAAUCCCCUUUGACAACGAACCCCCCGAUGAGCUUCCGUGCACUACGCAGGAUGAGAGCUUCGACCUAGAAGGAGGGGGCAACAUGAUCGUACUUCCAUCAGGGAGAGCCGCGUGGAGAAGGAAGGAGCGGGAGCAAGACCAGUUUGUGCACGUCAGAUACACGAGCAGGCUUAUGGAGGCGGUUCCUCUUAGAAGCAUGGUCCUGGAGGCACUCAGGCAGGUGAUGGGGGAAAGACAGGUGAAUUGGCUGGAGGAUGUGGUCAUCAGGUGGCGAUAUGACGAUGUCUUGGGUGACAAGGUUUGCAAACCGGCGAGGGUGUUCAGGAAGUUCAGGAUGAACGAGUGGGAGGCGGGAUACGUACCUGAGUUCUACCAAUGCGGCGCAGGGAGGCACGCUGAAUUCCUCAGCACUGCCACCAUCAGGAUGCUCCCAGAGGAAGGUACCUUGCACGUCAUCACUAAUGACACCGGCGUAACAAACAACGGUCAGCUGAAGCUCAUGCUAAAUCACAUCCCAGUCAGGGCGCUCGAUGAGGAGUUUGCGCUGGACGAGGUCGAGGUGGCGCUUGAUAAGAUUCUCACCACACCAACGUGCGAUGAGGAGCUGUCCCUGGGGGAGGAGAGACAAGUAAAGAUGAUUGUAUGAGAGAACGCGAAGAAACGCAUCAGGAACUAUCGAGCGAAACAUAUGCAUAUUGCAGG